AGCGUCGACAGUAGCCGAUCGAACGUGACAGCAGCUGCUGAGCGCAGUGGCGGUGAAUUCAUUUGGCAGUGUCGAAGCAAGCCAGCGACUACCCAGUGAACAUGCUUCGCCUCCUGCUCAGACGGCGGCCUCUUCAGCUUGGAGGACAGUUUGCAGAGUUCCGCACCAACGGUCCCACCCUCUGCUCCACCGCAUACGCCCUGAAUGUCGACGAGGGUAGCCACGCCGUUGACCUCCCGGAGAACUGGCUGAGGCUGCGUACGUGUGGUGCCCUUUACCAAAAGUGGCGAAAUGAGCGGCCUGCAUACCGAAACGCCCCCGCAGAUGGCAUAGAAGUGGACGUGCGCUUUGUCUGCUCGGCAAUGAGUGCCGAUCAAAGCAGCUUUGUUGAGACAGGGCGGCCUUUGGCAGUUCUGCUGCAUGGUGCACCAGGCAGCUACCGUGACUUCUCGGAGAACCUGACUCCUCGGCUGUUGAGACGUGGUGUGGACGUCCUGGCACCAAACUUCCCCGACAUGGCCUUCAGCCUGCGCAACAAGUUCUACUGGCACACGGUUGAAGAGCGGACAACUUUUCUGAGGGACUUCUUCAAGAAACUCGGGGUCCGCAGGAUCGACACACUAGUUUCCCACAGUGCGUCCAUCUACCCGAGUCUCAGGCUGCUUGUGGAGAAUGGCGAUGCCCCCACGAUCAACUCACUGGUCCUUCUGGCGCCAAGCUCUCAUGUCACGCCCAGCAUCCUGAAGCCAGUCUGGAUGACGGAGCUGAUAUUCCGGGCAUACCGCAACCCUCUGCUGCGUCCUCUCGUUUCCGCACUGGUGCUAUUCAUGAGCUACUCGGGAAUCGUGCCCGUCAAGCCCGUGGUGCAGGACCUACUACUCUCGCUGACCACGUACAAGCUGUCAGGCUUUGACAAGGAUGGUGAGAGGCUGGUGGAGUCGGUGGCUGUCAAGCAGAUCCCUACCUUGGUGGCAAUCAGCGAGAAUGACCGGCUCCUUGGAUACAACGUGCUCAUGGCUGUCUGCACUGUGCUUGGGGCAUCUCCCAAGGACCUCUGGCGUUAUGGCAAGGAAGGCCAGCUACUGGCAGCUGGCACAUCCGGGAGUUGGCUGAAGGUGCUGAGCUUUGAGAAGGGCUCGCACUACCCAUUUGUGCGGCACCCAGACAUCUGUGCCGACGAGAUCAUCCAGCUGCUGCAGAGAAUUGGUGCCCUGCGUUGAAAAAGAGAUGUGAUAAAGAUGACCAGAUUAUCAAGGCCUGUGACUUGCUCCGCAGUCUCAACAAAAUUUCUUACUAGAAUCGUAUUAAAGAAUGCGUGCCAUCAUCUGUGUGGGCAAUUGGAGGG